GCAAGUAAUACUCUAUACAUUAAAUAAAAAUGAAUGUUGAUAUUACUGUCAGCUGCCCGUGUGCUCACUGGGCAUGCUCACUUGCAAUUGCUCUGUCGCUCUCUCCUGAGUCUUUUGCUGUCCCCUCAGUUUUUUCCUCCAUGCCUCUCUUUGCAGGGAGAAGAGGCUUGUGAAAGAUGGAAGGGCUGACACAUUCUGGAGAGCAGGUUUCCUUUCUUCUUUUCCUUUAACAUCACGCAGCCUCCUUAUUGUUUAAAGGCAUUAUUGUUUGGACUUGAUCGGCUUCUUCUACGCAAGAGACCAGACCUAGUUCUGUGAGGAAAUGGAUACCUCUUCCAAACAAUGUCCAGUCAAAAAACGAGUGAAAAUCCAUCCCAACACAGUGACAGUGAAAUAUACAUCCCAUUAUCCCCAACCUGGAGAAGAGGUUUCUGAUGAAACCAGUGAUGAUAUUGGAAGCUUUGUGGAAGACAAUCCAAAGAAAAGAUUGCUGAGUGACAGAAAAAGGAAAGGAAGAGCCUUCUUUGGAACUAUGGAUAUGCAACCUCAGCCAGCCCAAGAAAUGGAAGACAAUGAGACUGGUCAACACCAUAAUUUUACAGAUGGAAGCAUAUUUCAGUCCAGAAAGACUUGGGUAGUACUUUUUGCCUCUGCCUUGGCUCAUGGCUGUGUGGCUCUGAUAACUAGACUUGUUUCUGAUCGAUCCAAAGUGCCAUCUCUAGAACUAAUUUUUGUUCGUUCAGUCAUACAAGUGUUGUCUGUCAUUGUUGUGUGUUACUACCAUGAGGACCCCUUCGGACCAAAAGGACACAGAUUGCAACUCUUCUUUUAUGGUGUUUGCAAUGUUAUCUCCAUUACCUGUGCUUACACUUCCUUCACUAUAGUACCCCCAAGCAAUGGAACCAUUAUGUGGAGAGCCACCACCACUGUCUUUAGUGCCAUUUUGGCUUUUUUACUAAUAGAUGAACGAAUGGCUUAUAUAGACAUAAUGACAGUGGUUAGCAGUAUCUUUGGUGUUUGCCUGGUCAUGUUCCCCAACAUUGUUAAUGAAGAAAACUCUUUGCUCAGUGUCUGGAAAGAAGCCUUUGGCUACACCAUGACAGUUAUGGCAGGCUUGACCACAGCUCUUUCCAUGAUUGUCUACAAGUCAAUCAAAGAUCAUGUCAGUAUGUGGACUGCAUUAUUUACUUUUGGUUGGACUGGAACUGUGUGGGGAGCCUCCACCAUGUUUUUUCUUCAAGAGCCAAUUAUACCACUGGAUGGAGAAACCUGGAGCUAUCUCAUUGCUAUCUGUAUAUGUUCUACUGUGGCUUUCUUGGGGGUCUAUUAUGCCUUGAAUAAAUUUCACCCAGCUCUGGUCAGCACAGUGCAACACUUAGAGAUUGUGACAGCCAUGAUUCUGCAGCUUGCGGUGCUCCGCAUCUUUCCCAGCAUUUAUGACCUCAUUGGGGGGGCCAUCAUUAUGAUUAGUGUCGUUUUCCUUGCAUGUUAUAAGGUGUCCUGGAAGAAUUUAGGAAGGCAAGAUUAUCAGGAGAUAGUGGAUUCUUCCAUUAAAUGAAUGUCAGUUUGUUGUAGUCUUUUCUGUAAUCGUUUCUGGGCUGCCGUGUGAAAUUAAUGUUCAUUUGCCAAUGUCCUUUGUGUAGUAGAGUGGACAGAGUCCUAAUUUUCUUGUUCAGAAAUAAUAGGCUAGACUAUACCUGAUAACAUGAUUUUGGAAUCAGUGGAAUUGCACCAGAGAUGAACUUGUCUAAAUGUGUAAAAUAAUUUUAAAUGUUUCAGUGUGCGAACUUAGAUUUAUUCUCAGCUGGGGUAGGCAGUAGCUGCUAAAAUUACAUGUAGAAAAUUCUGUCCUAGGAGUGUUUCUAUCAUAGUCCUCCUUGUAGAAUAUCAUAUUGAAACUAUUGUUAGUCAUCCCGGGCAUUGCAGCUGUAAACUAAUUUUAUGGUAACAAGAAAGUCAUAUGUUGACAUUUACCAUUGAAGGAGAAAAUGUAUGUUCCAUGGUAACAUUAUAUGUUACUUCUUAACAUGUAUAUGGUUAUAAUUCUUUAAAUAGCUACUCGGAGAGGAGUAAAUAAAUAAAGUGAUGUUCUCUGUGCUCUAAUAGUAAAGGUUCUGUCAGAAUCCCCAUAAUAACCCUUGACUUGGUCCAAAACCUCCCUGUUAGCUAAAAGCUGGAACAAAUGAAAUUAGAAAAAGAUAUUCACAGGGAAAAAUGAAAGGAAAGAUGAGGUUAUUUUGUAAUUGUCUGAGUGAAAUGCACUUAAAAGCUGGUUUCAGAUGUGUUUAACUCACAAGUGUUUCUAACCAUUCAUAUUAUUGCCUCAUUUUCAUAAGCAGUUAAGCCCACCUAGCUAUCUGUCCCCUCAUUAGCUCAUGUUUGAUCCUUGAUUCUUCAGUUUCUCCUUUCUUGUGUGCCCACUGAAGCCUAAGCAAUAUGCCCCUCUCAAAAAGUACACCUCUGUCCAUGCCUCCUAACCAAGUCUGGAGCACAAGCCCUACUCUUAGGUAUAGCUUUGCCCCCUGGGUCUCUACAGAUUGAAGAAAUUCACUCACAUUUAAGUUGCAUAAAAUGAAACCCUCACACUGUCUGACAGUUUCUGGAGAAAAAGAUGUCUUUAAAAUAGAGAGCAAGAGAAUUACAUUAAAUUAAAAGCAGCAGUUUGCAUCACAUGUAUCAUCUGGCUAAUUUCCCAAACCCAGAGAGGCAGGCUCUGGUUGCUUAGCUGCAGAAAAAAAAAGAAGCUCUCAUAUAUAUAAAGAGGAAAUCCAGUCUCUGACCUCUGUGGCCAGAAACACAUCUUGCUGUGGUGUCCAGAGAGUUCUUGCCUAUCCCUUUGCCUAGGGUACGGUGAUUAGGUACCUUCCCUGCUUCAAUCCAAGGCAGCUCUCCUUGUUUUACAAAUCAAUUUUCUCAAGAUGCAGCCCCACACAGUAAGCCUGGUGAACAAAUGAAUGAUGCAUCCUGCCAGAGAUGGCCAACAGAAGAGAUAUAUUUAAACCAUGAGCAAUGCAGCCUCUCUCAUGUCAAAUUCAAGUUAAGACUUCCACAGAUCACUGAAUCCAAUCUAGCCAAGCUUUUCAAAACCUUUUAUCUAGUUUUUUUCCUUGUCAUGAAAUAAAUCAUUGGCAGACCCUAGGUCACGCUCUUAAGGCCAAAGUUGGUAUGGCUUUUUAAAUGUGUGUAUGUAAAUAAAUGUUUACAUGCCAAAAUGUUAUCCAAUAUGAAAAAUUGGCCAAUAAUGAUUCUUGAGCUUUUUCCCAAAGUGCGCUAAAAUGGAAAGUUAAAGUGAAUGGCUCCAUAACCCAUUUUCAAUCUGCUGAGCAGCAAUCCAGGAAUUUAAGAGUUCUGCUCUUAUUAAAGCUAAUAACAAAGUUUACAUUGGCUUUACUUGCUCUAAGAUCAUAUCUUAAGUGGAUGGGCUUAUGGAUCUAGAUCUUCAGUUAGUGCUAAUAGAAUGGAAUCUAAUUAAUUACAUUAAUUUACCCCAGUUGAUGAUAUUGGUCACAGCACCUGCGCAGCGUUGGCUAACAUCCAACUGACCAAUGGUGUUAGAUCAGCGGUUCUCAAACUUUAGCAGCCCGAGAACUACUAUUUUGAUUUAAUUUUUUUCACUGGGCCCUCACUCAGCCCCUUCUCUUGGGCCCCACUCCUGCUUGCUCCAUCCCCCCCUCUUUCUGUUGCUAGCUCACCCCCAACCCUCACUCACUCUCACCAGG